GUAGUGAAAAAGCCUAUGGCAUUGGAAACAAUGAUAGCUAAAAUAGACACUCAUAAAUAUGAAAGUGCCUCGCAAUUCUUAGAUGAUAUCGAGCUAAUUUGCCAUAAUGCUCUUGAAUACAAUCCUGAUAAGGAUAGUAAUGACCGAAUGAUCCGACAUCGGGCUUGUGCUUUAAGAGAUGCAGCUAACGCUUUUAUCGAAGCUGAAAUGGACUCUGAUUUUGAGCAAGUCUGUCAAGAUGUAUAUGAAAGCAGAAGACGUCGAGGAGAAUCGACGAAUCUUUUUGCUCCUCCGAAUUAUUGGACUGUUUACACAUCCGCUGCCAUUAGGAGAUGUGUAGAGUCACCUGAACCUGUUCCAGCUCCUGGUGGUUCAACAACUGAUUCUCAAGGAGCUGACAAUAAUUAUAAUAUAGAUGAAGAUACCGAAAUUGAGUCACUAGACGGUUACAAUGAAGAUAAAGUUCAAAGUUCUUCAGAGUCAAUAUCUAAAGAUACAGGUUAUCGUAACAAAAGGCGUAGUCGAAGAAGCCAUCAACAUCGAUGGAAACGUUUAAAAGUCAAAGAUAAACGUAAUAAUGGUGCUAUCAAUGGCAGAAAACUCCGAAGCAAAAAGAGUAGUUCAGAUAGUCGAGAAAGCAGCAAGAUGACCACGAGGAGGAAAUGUAGACGAACAUCCAGAGACAGUUACGAUCGUUCUGAAACCGAGCUUGAUACACCCUCAGAGGAUGAAGAUAAAGUUAUACCUCGAACAAUGUUGACAAACGGAUUUUCUCGAAAAAAACCAAAACCUCAGCCAAUUGUCAGAGCUUCUCCUAUUCCUCAUCAACGUCCACCAACACCAUCACCUCCUACACCACCACCGCCACCACCGCCGCCCCCACAACAACAACAACAACCAGAGUUAGAUAAACCAACUGGUCCUCCAAGUCCACCAAACACUCCUCCACCUCAACAAUUGAUCAUAGAUCGUGUUCAAGUAUCGAAAAUAUUCAACAGAGUUGUUGAUGUUACAAAGAAUUGUUCAGUUGAACAAUUGGAAGAAGUAUAUUCUUGUCUUUACCGUGUGAUUAAUCGUCGCCGAAAUGAUUGGAAUCGAUCAGCUUUAAUAAUGGAAUUAAGCGAUGAAAUUGAUAAAUUUGAACGUCAUAGAAAAUACAAUUGAUUACUACAGAAUUUAGAUUUUUGAUGGCGAGCAAAACAAAUAUCAAUGGUGAUAAUGUUUGAAUCAACUGUUGCAACUGCCAUUUAUUUAUAAUUGUUUUAUUGCUCAAUUGAUCGAAAAAAAUACUUUCUCGAUGAUACAUUGAUGCGAUUUUUUGCAAUGAAUCUUGUUUUUGAUGAAAAGAAACAAGUUCAAACCAAACACUGCCUAAUUAAAACAAGAAGAAUAUCAGAUGGAUCAAUAGACGAAUACCAAACAAAACUAAUCUGAAAUGUGUUCACAUAUUUAUAUUAUAAAUAUUGAUAGAUACAUCUA